CAUUGCAUUGUGGGAUUGAAAAGCCAUAGCUACCAGAAAGUCUACAGAUUUUUGGUUUAGAGUUUUUCUCGGCAUCGGCAGUAGAAACGGGAAUUUGAUAAGGAAAUUGGGCUCUUACGGCACCGCCAUGAACGGAGCAGUGGUCAAAAAGACCCAAGACACCCUGGGAAAGGUUAUUAAAAAACCGCCUCUAACAGAAAAACUACUCAACAAACCGCCGUUCCGCUACCUGCACGACAUACUCAGUGAGGUGAUUCGGACCACUGGCUUCCUAAAAGGACUCUACACAGAUGCCGAAAUGAAAUCGGAUAAUGUGAAGGAGAAAGACUCCAAAAUCCAGUUUCUGCAGAAGGCCAUAGACGUAGUGAUGCUGGUCAGCGGGGAGUCUGUGUCGGCCAAGCCGCCGCGUAUCGUGGCUGGACACGAGCCCGAGAGGACCAACGAGCUGCUCCAGGCUAUUGGCAAGUGCUGCCUAAACAAGCUGAACAGCGAUGAGGCUGUGAAGCGCGUGCUGUCGGGAGAGAAGGUGGAUCUGAAAGGCAAACCCUCCUCCACCUCCAAAUCUCAAGACAAGGAGAACCGCGAGGGCCGGGAGCAGCGAGAGGAGAGGAAGGAGAUCAAAGAGGAGGGCCAGACCAGAGCACCCUCUAAAGACCCCGAGCAGCCACCGCGAGACCAGGAGGGGAGCCGCAGGACGGACAAGGACAAGGACAAGGACAGGGAGCGGGAGAAGGACCGGGAGAGGCACCGCGACGGCGACAGGCAGGAGAAGGGAGGGCGCGAGAGGGACCGCACGAAAGACCGCGACAAGGACAAGAGCCGCGACCGGGGCGGGCAGAGGGAACGCGAGAGGGAGCGGGAACGCAAGGACCGAGAACGCGAACGCCGAGACAGAGAGCGGGACAGGAGGGAGGAGAAGGAGAGAAAUGACAAGGAGAGAGAGAGGGAGCGCGAGGCCAAGGCCCGGGAACGAGGGGACGUGCCAAAGGAGCGUGACAGGGAGAGGGACCGGGAGAGGCAUGGGGACAAGGACAGACAACGACGGAGAGACCGCGACGACAGAGACCAGCAACGCGACCGGGAGCGCCACAAGGACGGCGAGAAGCCCAGGGAGCAGGGAGAGCGCAAGGCGAAACCAGCAGAGGAGCCUCGACCAAAGGCCCAUCCUGAGGAGCCCAGUAAAAACCAUAAGCCAGAGAACACAGAGAGCCCAGCCAGGAUACCACGACCAUCGUCAGCCAAAGGCCAGAGGCGCUGGCCCAAAGCAGGAGGUCCAGAUGAGUCAGACAGUGAGGGAGAAGCUCCCCCAGCUGAGAAGCCAGUGCAGCUGGAGAAUGGAGAUGCCACGGACGCCGCUGCUCCUGCACAGCUCUCUCACAGGAGGAUACCUCGGCCCAACAGUGCGCGGCCCGCACCUCCCCGAGUGAAGAGGCAAGAGAGCUACACGGAAGGUCCCCCGGCCGAGAGGCUGGGCAGUGCUGCCAAGCCCAUCAUGGCUGGCGUGAUCGUGGAGGGCAAGAAGCUGUCGGAGGAUGAGGAGGAGGACGACGAGCACUUUGUGGUGGAGGAGGCCGCCCCUGUUCCUGCAGACCUGGCUGACGUGCAGGCAGAGGCUUCUGUUGAGCUUCAGGGUGAUGAAAACCACGGUGGUCUUGUGAAGAAGAUCUUGGAGACCAAGAAAGACUUUGAAACGACUCCCUCAUCACCGAAGGCAAAUCAGGAGCGUACACUGGUGUCUGAGGCGGCACGGCGUAAGGAGCGGGAGCUGGUGGCGCGGGAGAUCGAGCGUCUGCGCUCCUCCAUCCAGACGGUGUGCCGCAGCUCGCUGCCGCUGGGCAAGAUCAUGGACUACAUCCAGGAGGACGUGGAUGCCAUGCAGGCCGAGCUGCAGGGCUGGAGACGCGAGAACAAGGAGCACGCACAGGCCCUGCUGCACGAGCAGAGGGUGACGGACGGCGCGGUGGAGCCCCUGCAGGCGGAGCUGAGCGAGCUGGAUCAGCUGAUCCGAGACCAGCAGGACAAGAUCUGCGCCGUCAAGUCCUCCAUCCUCAGGAACGAGGAGAAGAUCCAGAAGAUGGUGCAGAGCAUCAACUUCUCCUCGCAGACGUGAGGACGGAGGUCGAGUCGAGAGCGCAAAAGACACUGAGCAAGGACCAGGAAAAAAACUAAGGAAAACAAAAAACAAAGAGAAUCUGCACUGAACUGAAAUUAGAGGUCUCUUUAAUUUUUAUUAACAAUUGUGUCCCUGUUUUUGUUUUUUGUUGUUGUCGUUGAGGUGGCCAUGUCAGAAAUGCACUUUUUAUCAGUGGGCACCAUGGCUCAGCAAGCAGCAGUCCUCUAGCAGCCAUUGUUGGUCUCACUGUUGAGAUGCCUUCCACGAGAGACUCGAACCCUUCAUGUUCUUGAUGGCUGGGAUGGUUAGUAGACACGCAUACAAAGACUCAACUGGCACUGUGUACAGAUUGCCUCCUUUGGUACGUUGGAAUCAUUUGCACACUAUGAACAUAAAAAACACUAUCCGGAAUACCUUCUUUAACGCUGAAAUAUUUAUAUAUACAUAUUGCAUAUACAUAUCUAUCAAUAUUGUUUCAUAAAGAGACAUCCAGUUCACUGCUAGGAUAGUUAGCAAUGUGUUUCCUACCGAUAGCUCCUGGUACGCUCUUUAUAAGCAAUAUACAUGUGCCGUAAAGCGCAGACAUGCCAAAAUCUCUCAAUAUACUGAUGUUCUGUAGUGGAGCACCAUUGCACUUUCAUUGGCUAGGCUUUCAUAGAUUGGUGUGGAUGAUCUUAACUUUUGUUUUACGAGUGAACAUGUUCUUCUCUCUGUAAUUCUACACAAAUGGACAUGGGUUGAGUGAAGAUUUGUCUUAAAUCUCAUUAUUUGAAUGCCUUUUUGUGAAGUUCAAUCAACCACCAUUUCAGAUCAGAGGGUCUAAGUCUCAUUUUCAUGUCUUACACAUGCUGUGAUAAUGUGUUGUGAUGAUGAUAGGUUUUGAGUUAACUCAGCAAAAACUUUUUUGUAUUGUAUUGUUUUUUUUGUUUUUUUUGCAUACAAAGGUAAAACAUUCCCUCCCUCUAUUGGACAGACUUAAUUGUAUUUUUUGUAUAAACGUGAAUGUUUGUUGAAAAAAAAAGGUCUAUAUCUAAAAAUAAACAAAGCAAUAUUUAAA